UACAAAAUUUGGAGUGUUCCUGAGCUGCUGUGAUAAAGACACAAUUGCGUUCACAACAUGAUUCAAUGGAUUGUCCUACUUAUAUUGCUCUGUUUGGGCGCUACCUUUCAAGUUUCUCAAUCUGUUGAAGAUGAUGCUAAUCUGUCCACGAUGGGUCUGCUUCAAAAAUAUGGCUACCCGGCAGAAGAGCAUAUCGUUAACACUGAUGAUGGUUAUAUACUCGAAAUGCAUAGGAUACCAAGGCCCGGAAGCAGGCCUGUUUUCUUAAUGCAUGGCCUAUUGUGUAGCUCCGCAGCUUUUAUAUUGAUGGGCCCCAAAAAUGGAUUGGGUUAUUUACUUUACGAUCAGGGCUACGAUGUCUGGAUGGGUAAUUCGCGUGGCAAUACAUAUUCCAAGAAUCAUGUCAGAUUCAAUGAAAAACAGUCGGAAUUUUGGGAUUUCUCAUUCCAUGAAUUGGCUGUCUUCGAUCUACCAGCCAGCAUUGACUAUGUGCUGCAUGAGACCAACCACACGAGCCUGCACUACAUUGGCCAUUCUCAAGGCACAACUUCGUUCUUUAUUUUGGGCAGCGAACGACCCGAGUAUAUGAAGAAGAUCUUUCUCAUGCAGGCCUUGGCGCCCAUUGUGUUCUUCCAGAAUUGCAAAAGUCCGCCCGUGGUAAUCCUAGGCGCAGCUGACUUAACCGCAACUUUCCUGCGAAUGACGGGUCCAGAUGAAUUCUUACCAUCCGACGACUUCCUGACUAUGUUUUCACGAGUAUUAUGCGAUGCCACUCGCAUUAGCCUGAAGAUCUGCAAGAAUACGCUCUUUCAAUUCGCGGGCUACAGUCCGACCCAAACGAAUGAAACUAUGUUGCCAGUGGUACUUGGGCAUACUCCAGCCGGUGCUUCUAGCAGACAGAUAUUGCAUUAUAUUCAGUUCAGAUCAUCGGAUGAGUUCCAACAGUUUGACUUUGGCCUUUUGCAGAAUAGAAAGCGUUAUUCGAGCCUCAAACCGCCCAAAUACAAUUUGAGCAGUGUGACGGCCCAGGUAAUCUUAUAUCAUAGCCAAAAUGAUUUGUUGGGCCAGCCCGAAGAUGUCACCAGACUCUAUUUCGCUUUGCCCAAUGUGGUUGAGAGUUAUCUGGUAGACCUUCCCAGCUUCAAUCAUUUGGACUUCCUGUGGGGCGUGGAUGCACCCGAGCUGCUCUUUGGUCGAAUGUUUAGGAAUAUGCGUUAUGCUGAAGAGGUGGCAGAUAAAGCUAAGGAGACUGUGUAUGGGUGGAAAUAAAAUUACGAAACUAGCAUGACAAAUGUAGAUAAAAUAAUGGUGAU